AUGGCACUCCUGCUGGCUCAGGUGCCAGCUCCUGAGAUGAAUCCACUCUGCAGGUUCCUGGUCCUCCUCCUGGCAUUGUUAGCCUUGCCCUCAGGCCUGCUCAAGCAGCCUUGGCCCGGACUGACCACAGCCUACAAGAAUGGAAGGCCUACCCUAGCGAGAAUUAUCGCACAGGGCCUCCUGAAGCACAACGCUGAAGGCCGAAUCCAGAGUAUGCAACUCCUGGACCGUCUGAAUGUCUCAGGGAUAGUGGCCCCAGGGAUGGUAGGCUGGCUGAUUGGUGGCAUGAACUUCCAGCAGCAGCAAGAGAUCAGCAUCAACAUCACAAAUGUGCAACUGGACUGUGAUGGGAUCCAGAUGGCGCUGCCUAAAGAGUGGUUCUCGACAAACAUCACACUGGAAUUUGACAUUGAAUUCCGACUGCCCUUCAAUUCUAAUAUCAUCAAGACGCAUGCCCGCAUGGGCCUUGCUGCAGAGUCCUGGCUGGAGAAAGAUGAGUUUGGCCGGAGGGAGCUGGUGAUGGGCAGAUGCCACAUGGAGCCCAACAGUGAUGGUGCAUCUAUGUCCACUGAGGAAGUCCCACCCAAGAUGAAACAUUUUCUCCACAACCUCCGAGAAAGCCUGGGGAAAGUUAUUCCGAACCUAGUAGAAAGUCAGGUAUGUCCUCUGAUCGGUGAGAUCCUCCGGCAGCUGGAUGUGAAGCUGUUGAAAGGCCUCAUGGAACAGGUGGCUGCUCAUAAUCUUGGUCAACUCUGA